GGCGGAACGUCCUCCCCCCUGCCCGCCCUCUGCUUCCUCCUGGAGCGAGCGAACGUGUGAGCAGCGAUGGCGGCCGCCGGAGUCCUGGCCAAGCACGAGCAGAUCCUGGUGCUCGAUCCGCCCACCGACCUAAAAUUCAAAGGUCCUUUUACAGAUGUAGUCACCACGAAUCUUAAACUACGAAACCCAUCAGACAGAAAAAUAUGCUUUAAAGUAAAAACUACAGCACCUCGUCGAUACUGUGUGCGGCCAAAUAGUGGAAUUAUUGACCCAGGAACUGCAGUAACUGUAUCCGUUAUGUUACAGCCUUUUGAUUAUGAUCCAAAUGAGAAGAGUAAACAUAAGUUUAUGGUACAGACGAUCUUUGCCCCUACAAACAUUACAGAUAUGGAAGCAGUGUGGAAGGAUGCAAAAUCUGAGGAAUUAAUGGACUCCAAAUUGAGAUGUGUAUUUGAAAUGCCUAAUGAAAAUGAUAAGCUGGUUUUAUCUUCAUCAAGAUCUGUAUACAUAACUCCAGCCAACAGAAACUUUCUUCAGGAGCCUGCAAAUAAUAGACAGAAGAUUGACAUGAUGGAACCAGGCAGUGAGGUCAAACACAAGAUGGAUCAGCAUGAAGGAGCAGAAUACAACAAAAGAUUAUUAAGUAAGAAUGAAAUAGAAACAAAUAAAUCUGCUCCAAUACUGAACACAACAAAACAAGAUGGUCCGUUGCCAAAAUCACAUAGUGUUUCACUUAAUGACACUGAAACAAGGAAGCUAGUGGAAGAAUGCAAAAGACUUCAGGCAGAUGUUGUGAAACUAUCAGAGGACAAUAGACAUCUGAGAGAUGAAGGCUUGAGGCUGAGAAAGGUGGCACACUCAGAUAAACCUGGACCAUCAGGCUUGGCCCUCCGAGAUAAUGGCUCCAACCCUCUUCCUUCACUCCUUGUUGUAAUUGCAGCCAUUUUCAUUGGAUUCUUUUUAGGGAAAUUCAUCUUGUAGAAAGGGAGAGAGAGAAGAGAGAGAGAGAGAGAAGCAUGCAGAAUGCUGCUUCCUUUUUUUUCUUGGCCAGAAAAAAACCCCUACCACUUCAUUGGUAGUAUGGCCAAAGUGACCAUUUUUGUGUACAGCAUCAUACAGGCUUUGCCUCUAAUGAUCUUGCACGGUUAGACAACACGAUAAAAAGACAAACUGUUCGGCUGCUGGACAAAAUUGUAUAUUAAUUCAUUAAUAGCAGGUGUCAGUUGCACAUUCAGUCCUUUAUGAAAACUCAUAAAUAAAGAAUUGUUCUUUCUUUUUGUGGUUUUAAUAAGAGUUAAAAUUGUUCAAAGUCUUGUAAAUGUUAUUUUAAUAAUCCUUUUCAAAUUUUAUCUGUUAUUCUUGCCUCUUGGAAAGAAUGAUUAUUAGAAUGCUAAUUCGCUUGUUCAGGAAAAUGGUGAGGCAUUCUGUGGGGAAAUGUUCCUCUUAGUGUAUACAUUUUUUUCCCUUCACCUUACUUUGCUGAUAUCAUGGCAGAAUUUCUUACCCUUGUGAGGUGGUUGUGGAAGAAAAAAAAUAAUCAUCUUGACAGCCCUGUCCCAUGGUAUUUAACAAACAAAAUAAUAAAACUGUUAACAGACUUUCUGAUGGGUAGCUUGUUUCUGUGAAUUGUUCUUUUAGAAAGAUUUUACAACAUGUGCUAUACACAGCCUUCUUCUUGUCACAGAUUUAUAUUGUUCACUAGUUGUGGCUUAGACUGGUGCCAAUGAAGCUUCAGAAGAAAUGUAGCAGUUUCCAUAUUGUGCAGCAGCAGCUGUAAAAUUACCUGGCUUUUUAGGAAAAGAUCAGAAUUUGAUUUGUUUUGGGACAUGGGACACAUAACUUUAAAUUUACUUUUUAGAAAUAGUAUUUUGGGUUUUCAGAUACUUCUGUUGUAUCACUGAUAUUCCUUUAAAUUUAUGGAAUCAAUUGUAUCUUGUUAUUAGGCCAAGUGUCCACAGAAGAACAUUCCCUAUAAUGUUUCCAAAUAACCCAAAGCUAAUACUGAUUGAGAAAAUGUUAAUCAUUUAGUUUUGUGAAGAAAUUAAGCUUUGUUCAGCAAAUAACUUUGCACAGCUGCCUGUUAGCUAUGCAUAUUUUAAUUCUAUAAAAUUCAUUUUAUUUGGUCUGAACAUUUUUUUCUGCACUUAAUCUUGUGAUUUAAUUUCUGGUCUUCACGUCAUUAAAUAGAUGAUUUUGAAAGCACAAUACAGCUGUUCGACAUAAUCCAUCAUAAGAAAGUAUUUGAAAUUGAUAUUUUGGAAGGCUUGUAAGCAGAAUUUUGUAUGUCCUUGCAUAUAAUGAAGCACUGCUAUGUAGAUUUUACGUAGCUGAGAACUGUUCUAGGAAAAAUAUAAAUCUUCUUGGUUGCCUUUGAUUUUUAAUGCUUUUUUUAAUGGAAGAGCUACUUAUGUCACAUACCAUCACAAUUCGCUGUGAUAAACUUUUACAAACAUCUUGCAAUUUACGAAGAUGAUGAUGAACAAAUUACUUGCCUGAUGUUUCACUUAAAAGCAUGCAAAUACAGUUACUCUUCUUGUUUUCUGGUAUCUGCAUUCUGACUGUGGUGACUUGAAGAAGCGUGCUCAUAUCCAGUUCUCACUUAAUUGGUUCUAAAAUCAGUAGUACUGUUCAUACUCUAUUGUAUAACUGGUACAUCAGGAGAAAGCAUUUAUUCCUUGAAGGAAGUUGAUCACUGGAAGAGAUUACAAGGAAGAUUUAUGUACAGGCUAUACGUUCUAGAUACGUUUUGAUAUUUCUGUGAAAGAAGAAAGCUUCAAAGAUAUGUUCGCUGUUAAAGUAAACUAAAGCUACAAUGGUUUGCACUGGCUAAAAUACUUUAGAAUUUAUUAGCCUCAACUUAGAAUUUAUUACAGAUAGCCAGAACUGUGGUGAAACAUAGUAUGGGGAAGUAUUCUAACCUUUGCAGAUCUCUUGCCAAUAAAAUAAAAUAAAAUAAAGACAACAAUAACAAAAGCGUUCCACAGUUUAUAAUCUGAUGAUCAUAAAUUAGAAUUAAGGUCCUAAGCUGGGCCACUUAGCAAGACAAGGCUUUCAAAGACAAAUAUUAUGGAAUGGUUUAAUAAUUAUUGUAAGUAAAGUGAGAAAAUCCUGUUUGUGGAUGCGCUUCUAGUUUUUAAUAAUCUUUUCAUAACUGUAUAUAAAAUGUAAUGCUGAACUAUUUCACUCUCAGAAGUGAUUCUGAGUGAUACCAACUGUAUUUAGUGAAUUUAUGUAAUACGGAUUAAAUUGUCUGUUCCUGAAAUGGU